AUGAUUACUGAAGCCCUAGAACAAAAACAAUACUGCACCGCCAUAUUUCUUGAUAUAGAGAAAGCUUUUGAUAAAGUUUGGCAUGAAGGUUUAUUAUAUAAGAUAAAACUAAAAUUUCCCACUGCCUUAUACCAAUUAAUAAAAUCAUAUCUAGAGGACCGAACAUACUAUGUCAAAAUUCAGGAUAGCACCUCUGAUAUCUACAAAAUCAAGGGUGGCGUUCCUCAGGGCAGUGUAAUGGGGCCCACACUUUACACCCUUUAUACAGCUGAUAUCCCCACUACAACAGAUACCACAUUACUCACAUUUGCUGACGACACAGCCAUAUUAACUACACACGAUGACCCUAAAAUAGCUUCCAAAACGUUACAAAAGCACAUACAAACACUCGAACGGUGGCUAAAUCACUGGAAAAUAACUGUCAAUACCGAAAAAUGCAAUCAUAUCACUUUCACAUUAAGAAAAGGCAUUACACCACCUAUCAUACUAAAUCAAUACAUUAUACCACAAACUAAAGCAGUCCAAUACUUAGGAUUACAUCUAGACUCCAAACUCACCUGGAAACAACACAUAAAGAAAAAAAUAGAACAAAUCAGAAUUAAAAGGAGGGAAAUGCAAUGGCUCACCAACAGACAUUCUAAGUUAUCACCUGAAAAUAAACUACUAAUAUAUAAAACAAUCAUAAAACCUAUCUGGGAACAUGGAAUUCAACUUUGGGGCAUGGCUGCCAAAAGCCAUAUUGCGAAGAUUGAAUCAUUACAAUCCAUAGUUCUCAGAACAAUUGUUAAUGCUCCAUGGUACGUCCGUAAUGACGAAAUUCGUAAAGACUUAAAUAUAACACCGGUCUCUGAUGAAAUAACGAGACAGUGCAGAAACUACAAAACCAGACUGGAGCAACAUCCCAAUAGUACAGCCAAGGAACUCUACUCAACGGAUCAACCUAGAAGACUAUUACGGAGAAAACACCCGAUGGAUCUGCAACUCUGA